AUGGCGGAGGUGAAGUGCAGUAGCCGCGCUGGUUCUCCCGCUACCAAUGGGCUGGUGGUCAACGCAGAGCUGGAGGUGAAGAAGCUGCAGGAGCUGGUUAGGAAGCUGGAAAAACAAAAUGAGCAGCUCAGGAACCGAGCCAGCGCCGUCAGCAACUGCACACCCAGCCCGCACCUGCUGCUACUGCAGCAACCCCCUCCUGCAAUGCAUCAGUCCGGAGGUUGUAUGCUAUCUGCCCCUUCACUGCCCCGCUCUUCUGCAGCGCUGUGCCUACCCAGUCCAGUGCCCACUUUACUAUGCACCUCGGCAGUGGGCGGUAGUCUGUAUCCCCCAGAAGCCCUGGGCUACUACAGCAGUAGGCUGCCCUGCAUGAGUGUCGCAGAGGGGCCACACGAAAACCAUGUCACCCAUGGGGCUGCUACUAUACUGGACGAGGUGGAGAUUUUGGAACUGGAAGAUGGAUAUUGUAGUGAUGACGACGAUACAUGGUUAUACGUAUCACCUUCUAAGAAGCAAAGUCCGUUUGAGACAACUAUGAGCCCAAUGAAUUGGUGCAGACAAGUUCUGGAUCGCCCAUCACCGGAAAUAGAAGCAGCUAAAAGAUCCCUGUGCUUUAGAUUAGAGCAAGCUGGCCGGUGGAGGAGUUUGUUUUCUACUCCUGUUUCCAUGUCUUUUCCAUAUAGUCCUGUUGCGAGACUCACUCCAUAUUGCAAUGGCUUAAAUUCUCCCAGCGUCUUUAAAAACCCUUCUAAAGCAAUACUAACACCUGAGAGGACAGCUUACAACCCAAGGACUUUAAGCCCACAAUCUUCAAUAGACAGUGAAUUGAGUGCAUCAGAAGUGGAGGAUGACUCUAUCUCUAUGGGAUACAAACUUCAGGACCUCACUGAUGUUCAGAUCAUGGCGCGACUGCAGGAAGAAAGUCUUAGACAAGACUUUGCAUCUACCUCUACAUGCAGUUCCGGGUCAAGGCACCGCUCUAGCUUGUCACUGUACUCCGGAAAGAAACUAUCUUGUGCCAGUGAUCAGGAUUCUGAUCGCUACAGUGUUGAGGAUGAAGAUGAAGAGUUUGACCAUUUGCCUCCACCUCAGCCUCGGCUCAGCCGUUGUUCCCCUCUCCAAAGAGGUAUUCCUCAUUCACAGACUUUCUCUAGUAUUCGAGAAUGCAGAAAGAGCCCUAGCUCACAGUAUUUCUCUUCAAAUGGAUAUCAGCAAUAUAAUUAUUCUUCUCAGCCUCAAACACCAGAGCAACCACAAAACAAGUCUAAUGCAGAUAAACUCCGCAGAAGUAUGCCUAACUUGGCUCGAAUGCCAAGUACUACACAUAAUAGCACUGUUGUUUCUCCAGUUACAGUGCGCAACAGCCAAAGCUUUGAUUCCAAUUUGCAAGGUGCAGCUUAUGGGGCUACUAGACUGCAGUCCAGUAUACCAUCUCCCGGUCAACUGCAGCAACGAGUACACAGUGUGGGCCAUUUUCCUGUAUCUGUAAGGCCACCCCAUAAAGCCACAGCCUACGUCAGCCCAACUGUGCAAACUGGUACUGGUAUUCCUAUGUCAACUAGUUUGCAGUCACUAUCUACUUCUGGGAUUCCUAUGCCAAACAAGGCAGCCAGCACAGCAACUGUAACCCGAAGCUCUCUUCCACGGCCGGCAUUAUCUAGUACUAUUGGGAGCAGCAUUCCACGCAGCAAGUCAGCGCAGUCACCACGGAGUUUUCUUCAACCUCCCAAGACGUUGUCAUCGCUUAGCGCCCUACGAGAUGGAAACUGGAGGGAUGGAUGUUACUAAUGUUUUUAAAAGACAAACCCAUGUACAAAAUUAAGCAAUGAAGAAUUCUAGAAACCCAG